AUGGAUCUUCAGGGCAUCCUUCACACUCUCAAUCCAGGUCUUCCUCGAAUUUCCCCUUGCUUUACAGUCGGUGUGCUCUUGAAGCUGCUCUUCUUUCUCGUAUGCAAGGCUUUGGUCGUCUGCAAACGGCAUCUCACUCAGGUUUUUCUGGUUGUGGUCAGCUACUGUAGCCCUCUAAAGUCACCAUCUGGCAGCAGCAGCGGUUCUUCCUCCGCGACCUCCGCACCAGGACAAGUGACCACACAAGCCUCCGGUGUCGUCACUUACGCCAACACACCCAGUGGUGGGUCUACUUCCAGUGGAGCCACCCAAGGUUGCCAGAGGCGAGUGUGCUACUACACCAACUGGUCCCAGUACAGAAACGCACAAGGAAAGUUCAUGCCAGAAGACGUGGACCCCAAUCUGUGCACUCAUCUCAUCUACUCCUUCGCCAAAAUGACCAAUGACAAGCUGGCAGCCUUUGAGUGGAACGACGAGGACACUUCGUGGUCUACAGGCAUGUACCAUCGAUUCACCGACUUGAAAAAGCAGAAUCCUCAGCUGAAGACCAUGAUCGCUGUGGGCGGCUGGAACAUGGGCUCGGCUCCUUUCGUGCACAUGGUGGCCACUGCAGCUACUAGGAAAACGUUCAUUGACGACACAAUUAAGUUCCUCCGGUCUCACAAUUUCGACGGCCUUGAUUUGGACUGGGAAUAUCCAGGAGCCAGAGGAAGUCCUGCAGAGGACAAGCAUAGGUUCACACUGUUGGUUCAGGAACUGGCUGACGCCUUCGCACAAGAAGCGGCUACUUCUGGCAAACCUCGACUCCUUCUCUCAGCUGCUGUCGCUGCCGGAAAGGACAAAAUAGAAACAGCUUAUGAAAUUCCUGAACUGGCCAAGAGUCUUGACAUGUUCAACGUGAUGACCUAUGACUUCCACGGAUCCUGGGACAAGAAGACAGGACACAACAGUCCUCUGUACGCCCACCCUGGCGAUACUGGAAUACAGGCUAAUUAUAACAUUGACUCAGCUAUCAAUUACUACAUUCAACACGGAGCUCCUAAAGAGAAAAUUAACGUUGGCUUGGCCACCUACGGUCGUAAUUUUAUCCUGGCUGACCCCAACAAAAGUAAUGUUAACGACCCCAUCAAUGGGGCUGGCCCUCCCGGGAGAUACAGCGGAGAGGCGGGGUUCAAAGCUUAUUAUGAGAUUUGCGACGAGUUGAAGUCUGGAGGCGUCGUGAAGACGAUCAAGGAACAACAAGUGCCGUACAUGGUCAAGGGAAACGAGUGGAUUGGCUUUGACAACGAAGAGAGCCUGAGAAACAAGGUAGACUAUGUACUUGAUCAUGGAAUCGGAGGAGUUAUGUUCUGGGCGCUAGAUCUGGACGACUUCAAAGGGCAGUCCUGUGGAAAAGGCCCCUACCCACUGAUCAACGCUGUCAAGGAUGAGUGCGCCAACCCUUCAGCGGGAGGACAGGGUUGUCACUUGUUUGCAGGACAAGUGACCACACAAGCCCCCGAUGUCGUCACUUACGCCAACACACCCAGUGGAGGGUCUACUUCCAGUGGAGCUGUCCAAAGCUGCCAGAGGCGAGUGUGCUACUAUACCAACUGGUCCCAGUACAGAAACGGACAAGGAAAGUUCAUGCCAGAAGAUGUGGACCCCAAUCUGUGCACUCAUCUCAUCUACUCCUUCGCCAAAAUGACGAACGACAAACUGGCAGCCUUCGAGUGGAACGACGAAGACACUUCGUGGUCUACAGGCAUGUACCAUCGAUUCACCGACUUGAAAAAGCAGAAUCCUCAGCUGAAGACCAUGAUCGCUGUGGGCGGCUGGAACAUGGGCUCGGCUCCUUUCGCGCACAUGGUCGCCACUGCAGCUACUAGGAAAACGUUCAUUGACGACGCAAUCAAGUUCCUCCGGUCUCACAAUUUUGACGGCCUUGAUUUGGACUGGGAAUACCCUGGGGCCAGAGGAAGUCCUGCCGAGGACAAGCAUAGGUUCACGUUGUUGGUUCAGGAACUGGCUGACGCCUUCACCAAAGAAGCGGCUACUUCUGGCAAACCUCGACUCCUUCUCUCAGCUGCUGUCGCUGCUGGAAAGGACAAAAUAGAAGCAGCUUAUGAAAUCCCCGAGAUUGGAAAGAGUCUUGACAUGUUCAACGUGAUGACCUAUGACUUCCACGGAGUUUGGGACAAGACGGCGGGACACAACAGUCCCCUCUACGCCCACCCGAACGAUACUGGAAUACAGGCCGAUUACAACAUUGACUCUGCUAUCAAUUACUACAUCCAACACGGAGCCCCAAAAGAGAAAAUAAACCUUGGCUUGACAACCUACGGUCGAGGUUACGUCCUGGCUAACGCCAGCCAAAAUAACGUUUACGCCCCCAUCACGGGACCCGGCCCUGCAGGAAGGUUCACCAGAGGGAAGGGCAUCAAAGCUUAUUACGAGGUGGACUACGCCCUUCGCCAAGGACUCGGAGGAGUUAUGUUCUGGUCGCUAGAUUUGGACGACUUCAAAGGGAAGUCCUGUGGAAAAGGCCCCUACCCACUGAUCAACGCAGUCAAGGAUGAGUGCACCAAUCCCUCAUCGGGAGGACAGGGUACUUCUGCAGCCCCUGGAGCGACCUCCGCGCCGGGACAGGGGACCACUCAAAUCCCCCUGGUCGUGAGCAGUGACGCGAAUAUACCCGGUGCUGGGUCUACUGCCAGUGGAGACGUCACAGAAAUGUUCAGGAACCAGAACCUGUCAGACGUCAUCCACGCUAACCCGUACAGUUGUGUGGAAUACAUCGAGUGCUCAAAUCACUACACCAUCGUCAUGAAGCGCCCAAUGACCACUCAGACAAUGCCAAAUACCAAUGUACCGGGCACCACAGCUCCGACAACUCCAGCUCCUGAACAUCACGUAAACCACACGGACAAGAUCGCAUGCAACCCUAACAUGGACGACUUCCACGCAAAUCCUGACGAGUGCGAGUCCUACUUCAUCUGUACCGCCGGACUGGCUUACCACGUGAAAUGUGCCCCAGGGCUCCACUUCAACGCCCAGACCAAGUACUUUCGCCACGAGCGCCCCAGUGGUAACGACCACAACAGCACCGGUAACGGCAGCUCCGGUACAGACAACAGCUCCAGUACAAGUACAGACAGCAGCCCCCGUACAGACAACAGCUCCUCUAGUACAAGUACAGACAGCAGCCCCCGUACAGACAGCAGCUCCAGUACAGACAGCAGCUCCAGUACAGACAACAGCUCCAGUACAGACUGCAGCUCCAGUACAGACAACAGCUCCAGUACAGACAGCAGCUCCAGUACAGACAACAGCUCCAGUACAGACAGCAGCUCCAAUAUAAUGACCAUUUGCGAAGACCUGCACUUGUCAGACGGUGUCCAUGCUGACCCGACCAGCUGUAGCUACUUCGUCGAGUGCUCCAACCACGCCACUAAUCGACUGUCCUGCCCUGGGGGUACUCUGUUUAACAAAAUGAUCCUGAACUGUGACUACCCACAACGCGUCCGAGGAUGUCCUUAA